CAGGUGUGUGGUAUUGUCCAUCUUACUGACAGCUCUCACAUGUAACUCCAGGCAUCAACAUUUUCUUUUAGUGUUUUUUGUUGCUUUUUGUCUAUCGGGAUAUUUUCACUCGCGUACUUCAACAUGCGCAUCUGUUGGAGGGCUCUUAUAGGCUAUGGAUUCGUCUUCUGGGCCAUUCUUUGCCUCAUGGACCUUAUCGGAAUCACCCACGUUCACAAAUAUAGCAAAGAACUCGAUGAACUUUAUGAAAAGCCGGUGGUUGUCAAAAAAAUCGAGCAACAGUUAGAGCCUCAUCUGGCCAAGGGGAUCAGAUUCGGUUGGUCGCUUCUCCUGUGGAACACCGUAACUUUUGUAAUUUCCAUCGUAAUUUGCUCCAUUGGGCGAAAUGUUGCCUGGAUGCUUUGGAGCCUGUACAGAUUAUAUCGAAACAAGUUGGUCUGCUCCCAACUGAAUCAAUACACUCGAAACCCUGGAAGUGUUAGCAGAAUUCCCAUAAUGGUAAAGUCGGCCAGAUCGUCUGAGACCAACUUUUCAAAGUCAGAGCCCCGCUCCAGAAUCGACGUGGAUAAAAGUUGUCCGAAUCUGCUUAUGCAAAGAAGCGGCAGUAAUCGGUCGAGCGCUACAGAUCUAACCACAAAAACUUGCCGCACGCUAUUCAGGAAAGAUAUCUAUUUAUGCGAGCGUCCAGAGUUGAGCAUUGAGCAACAACUGGAAAUUCAAUGCAAAAGGCUUAGGGAGGAGCUGCAUCGUUUGCAAACAACAUCUCUAAAAGAGCACGCAGUUUUAUCCAGAAAACUGGAGUCUGUUAACAAGGAGAAAAAGGAACUCGUCAAACAGCUCGCAUUGACUCAGAAGGAGAAUCGGGCCGCUAAACAGCAACUGGAAGAGUUGCUCCAGGAGAAAACCGCUUUGGUAAUAAAACUGGAAAACGCCACUAAAGAAUUCAAAUGCAACACCAAAACCAAGAAAGUGGCACUCGCCAAACUGGAAGAAGUGACAAAUAAUGUCGAAGACUUAAGACAGCAGUUGGAGCAAGUUACCAGGGAUAAGGAGAUUCUGGAUAAAAAGCUGAAACUUCUAGAAAUCGAGUACAAUAAAAUGCAUGAACGCUUCAUAGCGUCACAACAGAAGCUGUAUGACCGCAGUAAUAAUGAACAUUUACCUGAACGGGAUACGGACAAUGAAAAACACUACUAUAUGGAAACUUUCAGUUUUGGCGAGUUGGAUAGUACCAUUCCUCCAGAUAUCCAGCAAACUGCAGGAGUCUUGGCUUCGAUGUCUCAAACUGAACUAGACAUGAGGACAAUUCAAGAAAAAAUCAAACAGUUGGAGAAAAAUCUCGAAAAGUUAAACGUAAGCAGUAGCCUGGAAUUUAGCGGCAGUCUGGAUCAGCUAGAGUCUGAACUGAGUUUAUCAACAAUAGAUAACACGACAGACUCCCAACAUAAGCUGGACGAGUCGAAUACAACAUUCAGUGAACUAUCCGAUAGCAAUAGUCCUAAGCAAAAAUUCUGGACCGAAAAGACUACAGAGUUGGUUGGCAAAAAUAAAACCCAAUUUGCUAAGAUCCAAGCCCUGGCCUCAAAAAUGCAAGAUAAAGUCAGCUUCCUUGGAAACAUUAAGGAAAAGGCUGAAACCAUUCGAGAAUUGGACACGACAGAUUCGGAAGGGAUUGAGCCUAAGCGUUUGGUCAGCAGCUCAGUGGCUUUCAAGAAUUUCCUGAAGAGCUUGAAUAAAUUGGAUGCGGUCAAGAAAGAGCAUCCAACUAAGCCAGAAGUGUAUUUUUAAAUUCAUGGAUUGUCAACCGAUGUUAAUAAAAUCUUGAUUAUUCUUU